AGAACAAGAAUCGAGUACAAAGAAAUAAUUUGGUUUAUACUAGCUCGUGAGAAAGAUAUUGGACAUUAGAGAUUGCAAUGUGUUUUAACUCAUCUAAAUACAGGUUACUAUAACCUCUCAGUUUAUAAAAUUAUCAAAAUUAAUGUCUCUUUCUAAUGAUCCUUAUUAUUGUCACGAGCAGGUUCAGAUACCACCCGCUCUCCCAGACAUUUUAAAGCAAUUUACCAAAGCAGCUAUUAGAACGCAACCUAAAGACGUUCUCAAAUGGUCACAUGCAUAUUUUAAAGCAAUUGCACAGAAUGAAGUACCACCAGUCAAAAUGAGACUUGAGCUUCCAAUAAGUACACAAAAGACAGAUACAGGUUUAACGCCUGGACUUCUAAGAAUUUUAAAUAACCAGCUUGCAUCAAUGAAAGUUUUACCAUUAUCUGUCAUUGAAGAAAAAUGGAAGGAUUUAUCGUUACCGGUGGAACGAUUUCAAGAAAUUUGUCGCAUAGGUAAUUUUGUGGAUACUUGUGAAUGGAGGUGGUUUUUAGCACUAGCUGCUUCAGACUUAUGCUCU